CUCCCUGUGUCUGUCUGUCCCGGGCAGACAUUAAUAGCCGCACACCGAUCUUUCCGCAGACCCCGACACAGCAGGCUCCCCUCUCCGCAGACAUGGGACCCUCUGAAGGCAUCGAGCGAUUUGACAGCCCGGGGAAAGGACGAGGCAUGCGGGCCCUGCGGCACUUCGGUCUGGGAGAGCUGCUCUUCACCUGUCCGGCCUACACCUGUGUGCUGACCUCCCAGGAGCGAGGAAACCACUGCGAUCUCUGCUUCUGCAGGAAGGAAGGUCUUGCAAAAUGCGGCAAAUGCAAACAGGCCUUUUACUGCAAUGUGGAUUGCCAGAAAGGAGACUGGCCCAUGCACAAACUAGAGUGUUCCUCCAUGUGUGCCUACGGAGAGCAAUGGAAUCCUUCGGAAACUGUAAGACUGACCGCAAGGAUAAUAGCCAAACAGAAAACUUGCAAAGAAAGAACACCAUCGGAGAAGUUCUUGACGGUUAAGGAGUUUGAAUCUCACUUGAGCAAGCUGGACAAUGAGAAGAAAGAGCUCAUCCAGAAUGAUAUUGAAGCCUUACACCACUUUUACUCCAAGAAUUUGCACUAUGCUGACAAUGCAACUCUAGAAUUCCUCUUCGCACAGGUUAACUGUAAUGGCUUUACCAUUGAAGACGAGGAGCUGUCUCACUUAGGAUCAGCUAUUUUCCCAGACGUCGCACUAAUGAACCACAGCUGCUGUCCCAAUGUAAUUGUCACUUACAAGGGCACCGUCGCCGAGGUCCGAGCUGUACAAGAGAUUAACUCUGGAGACGAGGUGUUCACCAGCUACAUUGAUCUGCUCUACCCCACAGAAGAUCGGAAUGACCGACUGCUAGAUUCUUACUUCUUCACUUGUGAAUGCAGAGAGUGCACAAUAAGAGAGAAGGACAAGGCAAAGCUGGAGAUCCGGAAACUCAAUGAACCACCCAACCCUAAGGAUGUACGAGACAUGAUCAAAUAUGCCCGAGGUGUGGUGGAAGAGUUCAGGAGAGCCAAGCAUUUCAAAAGUCCUAGCGAACUGCUGGAGAUGUGUGAGCUCAGUAUGGAGAAGAUGGGAACGUUAUUUGCAGAGACUAACAUUUAUAUGUUACACAUGACGUAUCAGUCCAUGGGAAUCUGCCUGUACAUGCAGGACUGGGAAGGAGCCUUGAAGUAUGGAGGGAAAAUCAUCCAGCCGUACCGCAAGCACUAUCCUCCCUACUCUCCAAAUGUGGCCUCCAUGUGGCUGAAGCUGGGGAGACUUUACAUGGGCCUGGAGAAGAAAAUUGCUGGGAUUAAGGCCCUAAAAAAGGCAGUCGCUAUAAUGGAGGUGGCUUACGGACCAGAUCACCAUUAUAUAGAAGAAGUCAAGAAAGAGAUGGAGCAAUAACACCAAAGGUGUACUGUACACGCUUCUAUUUAAAUGUAUGUCAGGAAUGCCAGUGUAUGUCGGUGUGGCAUUGCUGGACAUGGAAAGAUGCUUCGCCCAAUGGGAACGAUGGAUUCCUCUGCACUGGCUGAUAAGACCUCCAUUACUUGUAGCACUCAGAACACCUCUAGGUUCUUGUGUAUGUACUAAAAUUCCACUAGGGGGCGACAUAACACCGUUGCUCUUCACACCAUAAAGUGAACCUGUGCUUAAAUGUUAACAUUGAAUUCUAUGAGCUGAGUUGCUAAUGAGUAACAGAAAAGAUUGUCCAUAUAUCUGAAUGCCAAGGGACUUGGUCACAUAAUCUAAGCUGCAGAGGAAGAACAAAACGCAUAUUAAUUUAAUAUUUCCCUUCAGCAGAGAUCAUGUGACAAAGUCCCAAGGCUUUUGCAUAUGUGAGCAACACUGGAGGGAACCUUGAAGCACUUUCUCCAGGUAAGGUAAGUAUUCCACCACAUCUGUUGCGCUUUAUUUAGCCAUCCCAGCAGGACUGUUGAUGUUUACAUUUGAAUAUAGAUCCAUUUUCAUGUGAAUUGUUGGCAUGUGGGUACAGGCUGUAGUAUGUCAAAUGCCCCCCUAUAGCCAAUACUGCUUUGUAUCUAUAAAGACGCUAUUUUGUCAUGC